AUGUCCGGGUUGACCCUGGGGCGAGGCCCUGGAGGCGUGCGACCGACUCAAACCGCAACUUUUACCACCCACCACCACCACCCGUCCGCCGAGGCUGACCGCUCCUCCAACAACUUCCCCCCUACCUCCUCGCAGUUGUCCGAUGACUUUUCUUUCGGUUCCCCUCUGAGUCCCGCCGACUCCCAGGCCCAUGAAGGCCUACUUCAGGACUCACUCUUCCCCGAAUGGGGGUCCGGUGCCCCUCGACCUGGCAUCGACAGUCCGCAUGAGAUGCAGAGGCAAGAUCCGUUAGCGACUCAAAUAUGGAAGCUCUAUUCUAGGACCAAGGCCCAGUUGCCCAACCAGGAGCGGAUGGAAAACCUCACCUGGCGGAUGAUGGCAAUGAGUUUGAAACGCAAGGAGCGGGAACGUGCUCAACAGUCCAUGUUUCCUGCAAGACCCGGUAGCGCUGGCCCCAGUGGGAUCGCUCAACUGCGCAUUUCCGACCCGCCCGUUGCCACCGGUAACCCUCAGUCCGCCGACCUGACCGCCGAUCCCAUGAACCUCGACGAUUUCAUCGUGCCCUUCGAAUCUCCUUCCGAUCACCCCUCGCCCAGCGCCACCAAGAUCACCGACUCCACGGCGGCGUCGGCGGCCAUUCCCAUCAAGUCCCGGAAAGAUCAGCUGAGAGAUUCUACUCCGGUGCCGGCCUCGUUCCACCACCCGGCUCAAGAUCGGCGGAAGAACAGUGAAUUCGGCUACGUCCCCCGUCGCGUGCGCAAGACGAGUAUCGACGAGCGUCAAUUUUUCUCGCUGCAGGUGCCGACCCGAAAGCGACCGGCCGAAUCCUCCCCCCAAGUGCCUCCCGUUUCCAACUCCAUGUUGGCCCACGAUCCGGAGCUCGCUACCGGCGUGCCCGACUAUGCCUUGGACACCCCGUCCUCGGCCUUUGGCUUCCAUCAGGGCAACCACCAUCAGAUCAAUCACCACAACCACACCUCCCCGGGGGCGCCGUUCGGCUUGGAUACAUUCGGUCUGGGAGAUGAUCCGAUCUUGCCCUCUGCGGGUCCCUACCAAUCGCAAUUCACCUUCUCGCCUAGCGAGUCUCCGAUGGCCUCCGCUUCAUCCCUGAACUCGACGGAUUUCUUCUCUCCACCGCCGUCGGGCUACCAGUCCACGGUAUCCACGCCGCAGCCCGCCUACGACGGGGACCAUUCCGUUUAUUUCGAUAUACCGUCCGGCGACGCGCGGACGCAGCGCCGCAUCCCAACCUAUCCUCGGUAUAUGUUUAACCAGAACAACCAUGAACAACCCAGUUCGUCGGCGCCGCAACAUGUAGACCCCACCCAGGUCUUGAACGCCACCAACUACUCGACCGGCAACUCCCAUACCGAUAACGAGGAUGACGAUAGUCAUCAGCUGUCAGAGCGGGCGGGUCUGGCGAUGCCGACUGAAUUUGGGGACGAGAACGACGGAUUCUCGUCGGGCAUGCAGUGGGAUGGGCAGUUCCCGGGCUCCUUCCAUUCGCUGCCGGGCUUUGGCCCUCAACAUCGCAAGCAUGAGUGGAAUCACGGCGGCAGUUUGGGUCGGACUCACGGGUCGGUGGCUUCGGUCAGUGAGAAGAUUGCCCGCACCACAUCCACCCCCAAUACGGCCCAGCUGUUGCGCCAAAGCAUGAACUCUAAUAACAAUACGUCUCAUACCUCUCCCAAUACCCCGCCUGAGUCCGGCCUGAGCAGCGCCGUUCCGUCCCGCCCGGCCAGUCCCGGGGGCAGCAAGAACGGUGAUCCGGGCAGCAACGGACCGACCACCUGCACGAACUGCUUUACUCAAACGACUCCGCUGUGGCGUCGGAACCCGGAAGGCCAGCCACUAUGCAAUGCCUGCGGUUUGUUCCUGAAACUGCACGGUGUCGUGCGUCCUCUGUCCCUGAAAACGGACGUCAUCAAGAAGCGUAACCGCAGCAGUGCCAACAGCUUGGCGGUUGGGACCUCCCGUGCGUCAAAGAAGACGGCCCGCAAGAACUCGGUGCAGCAGGCAUCCGCCGUCACGACUCCGACGUCGAGCCGCGCUCCGAACGGGACCUCCUCCGAAUCCCCACCCGCCGGCUUUGGUGUUGCCGCGGGACGGUCGAAUGGGGUGGUGCCCAUUGCCGCCGCUCCUCCGAAGGCAGCUCCCUCCGCAGCAGCCUCCCCUGGCACGGGCCAGACUCGUAACCCAGUCCAGGCUGCCCCGAAACGUCAACGACGGCUGGAAAAGGCCUCCGAGAUGGAAACGGACGAGGCGAAUAAGUCUGCGGGAGGCCGAUCCAAGGUGGUGCCUUUGGCGCCCGCCAUGCCACCAGCGGCAGCCAAUCCGGCGAACCAUAGUAUUGCCGGAGGUCAAGGGGCUAGUCAGGAAUGGGAGUGGUUGACAAUGAGUCUGUAA